GGAGGGAGACAGGAGGGGGAGAGGGAGGAAAAGGGAGAAAGAUUAGCAAAGGAGAGGGGGGAAAGAGAGAGAGAGAGGGCGAGAGAGACCUCGGAGGAGAGGAGGGGAAGAGACGACUCAAAGUGGAAUCUGCACAAGCAACCUGAAGGGGGAGGAGAAGAAAAACCCUCGAAUCCUCAUAUCUAAGCCCCAGAUGCAACGCAAGCAACGACUUCGCCACACUAGGACAGAUUUCGGGAGGGCCAAAAAGACCAAUUGCGGAGCAGAAAUGAAUAUCAAACAACUUCCAGCGGUUUGCACCUAGAGAAAGACCCGAGGAGGCCACCGCAAACGAGCACGCCGCUUUCCAACAACGCGGUCGGCGGGCCGAGAGCAAAGGGCUCCGGGGAGGAGGAGACGCGCGCGGCGAGUGCGGGCGCCUGCAGACCGCCGGCUAACUGGGUCCGACUCGCACCCCGCCGCUCGCAGGACAUUAAUUACUCCCCUCACCUUCCACUGGGGGAGGGGGCGGCGAGAGGCGCUCACCUACCCCGCGCCAAGACGUCUCGGCAGCCCCAGAAGUUUACCAAUGAGACGCUGAAUGUUUCCCUUUUAUUUUUAAAUUUACUUUGGCACUUAAAAGACCUCACUCCCAGAUUUCUGGACAAACUCGACCGCAGACGUCGAAGCCUAACCUCGGGGUAACCUAAUCUUCCCCUCUCGCACCCUCUUCCCCCUUCCCCAUCCAUCUCUCCGCACAUCUGUAUUUGACGUAGCCACGAGCACGCGAAACCCGUCUCGGCAGGUAUUUUUCCUCUUUUUUUUUUUUUAUUUCCUCCCCCGCCCCCCAAGAUCGCGUUUUUGGGGGUCGCUGUUGCUCUUAAUUUUCCGGAGAAAGCGGACGGUUUGGGCAAGCGGGGGGCAGCGAGGCAGCCGGCUGGAGCAGCGGCCGGCCAGCCCAGGUGGACAGCCCGAGUCAAAGUGGGGCUCCGGGGGAGCGCAGCGCCUCUUUCGCCAGCCGCAGGGCCACCCGCGCCUGAGCCUUGGAUCCCUCAACGUACUGCGAGACGCCGGUGUACAGCCCGGACCUGUGCCCCAACAUGAUCGCCGCCCAGGCCAAGCUGGUGUACCAGCUCAAUAAGUACUACACCGAGCGCUGCCAGGCGCGCAAGGCGGCCAUCGCCAAGACCAUCCGCGAGGUCUGCAAGGUGGUGUCGGACGUGCUCAAGGAGGUGGAGGUGCAGGAGCCGCGCUUCAUCAGCUCCCUGAGCGAGAUCGACGCCCGCUACGAGGGGCUGGAGGUCAUCUCGCCCACCGAGUUCGAGGUGGUGCUCUACCUCAACCAGAUGGGCGUCUUCAACUUCGUGGACGACGGCUCGCUGCCCGGCUGCGCCGUGCUCAAGCUGAGCGACGGGCGCAAGCGGAGCAUGUCCCUGUGGGUCGAGUUCAUCACUGCGUCCGGCUACCUCUCGGCGCGCAAGAUCCGCUCGCGCUUCCAGACGCUGGUGGCCCAGGCGGUGGACAAGUGCAGCUACCGGGACGUGGUCAAGAUGAUCGCGGACACCAGCGAGGUCAAGCUGCGCAUCCGGGAGCGCUACGUGGUGCAGAUCACGCCGGCGUUCAAGUGCACCGGCAUCUGGCCGCGCAGCGCGGCCCAGUGGCCCAUGCCCCACAUCCCCUGGCCCGGGCCCAACCGGGUGGCGGAGGUCAAGGCCGAAGGGUUCAACUUGCUCUCCAAGGAGUGCUACUCACUGACCGGCAAGCAGAGCUCGGCGGAGAGCGACGCGUGGGUGCUGCAGUUCGGGGAGGCCGAGAACCGCCUGCUGAUGGGCGGCUGCAGAAACAAGUGCCUCUCGGUGCUGAAGACGCUGCGGGACCGCCACCUGGAGCUGCCCGGGCAGCCGCUCAACAACUACCACAUGAAGACGCUGCUGCUGUACGAGUGCGAGAAGCACCCGCGGGAAACGGACUGGGACGAGGCGUGCCUGGGCGACCGGCUCAACGGCAUCCUGCUGCAGCUCAUCUCCUGCCUGCAGUGCCGCCGCUGCCCGCACUACUUUCUGCCCAACCUCGACCUCUUCCAGGGCAAGCCCCACUCGGCCCUGGAGAGCGCUGCCAAGCAGACCUGGAGGUUGGCCAGGGAAAUCCUCACCAAUCCCAAAAGCCUGGACAAACUAUAGGGUGCCGGGGGCUGCUUGAAAAGCGACACGGAAAGGGAACGCUCUCACCCACACCCCGCGACACGAGUCAGCCACCAACAGCCGCAACUCGGGACACAAACUUUUACGGAAGGCACCUGGAAAGAGGAAUCGGCGCCACCCCCGACUUCAAAGGAGAGCAAACCAACCUCCCCCCCAGCCACAUUCUUGCACAAACGUGAUUGUUUUUCUUCCAGACAAUGUGAAUUUAAAAGGUCACACAAAAGAAGCAAUCGGGCUUUGCCUCCACAAAAUGAAACCCAAGGUACAUUUUCAAAUCAAUGUAUAGUAGUUUUCUCCCCUUCCCUCUCCCCACUACUCUCUCCCCAUCUCCUCUCCUCUCUUUCUUUUUCUCCUUCUCCCUCUCUCCAUCCCUCCCUGCCGCUCCCUUUCUCUCUCCCCGCCCCUCUCAUUUCAUUUUGUUUUGGGUUGCCUGAAUGUUGUCACCAAGUGAAAAAAAAAAAGUAUUUAAUUAUAUGUAAAAUUUUCUCUUUUAAAAAAGUUUUGCUAAUGUUAAAUGUAUCUCAGUGCCAAUGUCGGAUUGUGCCCCUCCCUCUCUCGCACCUAUCCCUUCACCCUAAGCAGUCUUGUUGAAACAGUAAUAAAAAUAUUACUUUCC